AUGAGCGAACACAUGAGCACGUCACACAUUCAGAGGCCCAAUACCGGCGGGCCCGUACUCCUCCUACGCGAUCCCACACCCUCGAAAUCUAUAUCCACCUCUUCACCUGCAUCCACUCAAAAACUACUUUCUCGCACAGAUAAAUACGAAACAGCGUUUACAAACGCGGGAUACACGCCGCACUCCCUGGGCGUAUUGCGCACCGCGAGCGCGCCGCAGGAGAGUGUGCAAAGGUUGAUAAGUAUCGUGCGUGCGGGACCAAGAGGAUAUAGAACAGAUGAUGCUCGAGAAGUAGAAGGGGCGGCGGAGGAUGGAUAUGGUGGGGUGAUAGUGACAAGUCGGCGGUCGUGUGAAGCGUGGACAGACGCGGUGGCCGUGUUGCGCGCUGAGAGGGAAAACGAACGAGGACGAUCAGCACCAGCACCAACGAACGCGGGAUGGGCGCGUGUGCCGUUCUACGUCGUUGGCGAGGCAACGGCCGACGCGCUGCGUGAGGUGUUCAGGGACUACGCGGACGUGCUCGGCGAUGCAUCUAUCCACCCUUCAUCUUCAUCUGGCUCAUCUACCCCCGCCCUUAUCCCAGACAUCCGUGGCGCAUCCUCUGGUUCCGCUGCUGUGCUCGCACCGUUCAUCCUGGCAGAUACACCACAUCGCCCGCGCGGGAAGCUAUUGUAUCUCACAGGGGACAAAAACCGGGAUACGCUCGUGCGCAUUUUGGAGGCCGGUGAUGCUGAAAGUGAAGGAAAAGGUAAGGUAAGGAUAGAGGAAGUGCAAGUGUAUCGGACGGAGGGUGCAGACGGAUUUGCAAAUGCAUUGGAGGGCGUUCUUAGGGAAUGGAAUGCUGGGGUCGCCAACAUUGACACUGACACCUGGUGGGUUGUAUAUUUCGCGCCGUCGGCAGCAGCACAUGCGACACCCAUUCUGCAGCAACAUUUCUUCUUCGACGCGUCGUCCUCUUCUUCCUCAUCGUCUUCUUCUGCAAUCUUAAAUCCAAAACAAGAUGAAGCAUCCCCCUCAGUCCACCAACUUAUCAAACCCAAACUCAAAGCCAAAGUCGCCGCGAUAGGCCCAACGACCCACGACUUUUUGAGGGACACGCUUGGUCUCAGGGUGCAUGUGAUGGCGCGAAAACCGACGGCAGAUGAGGUUGUGCAUGCUGUGAGUGAAUAUGACUCUAGGUAUGGUACCAGGGUGGAUACAAGUGGGGGUCAGUGA